AAACAUCCAUCCCGGGACAAACAGCGGAACGCGAGGAUGGGGUUUCUUAUCCUCAAAAAUCUAAAGAAAAUACGCCCAAACACAAAGCAGAAGGAUCCGGAAUCAAAUCAACCUCUCAGACUGAGACUGAAGAAAACUGAUACCCUCCGAUCCCACAAGCCAGACAACAGCCAUUUUCGAUGGACGCUCUCUUCGUAAAUCCAUCUCUCUCUCGUCUCAAGCUCCCAUCUAAACCUACCUUCUCAUCUCAAAUCACGACACCUCCAACCUUUAUCCCUCUCCACUUCCCCUCUGUUCGUCGAUUCAAUUUUCUCCCUCACCACUCCCACCCUGCCCGUCGAUUCAACUUCAGAGCCUCCGCCGUUGGAAACCAAUCGAAGUUUCAAUUUCAAGACCAAGAAAUCCAAGAAGACGAAUCCUACGGCGAAGUAAAUAAGAUAAUCGGAAGCAGAGCCGUCGAAGGCGGUACGAGAAUGGAAUAUCUAAUCGAAUGGAAAGACGGCCAUACUCCUUCAUGGGUACCCGCUACGAACAUCGCCAAAGACGUCAUCGCCGAGUACGAGACCCCUUGGUGGACCGCUGCCAAGAAAGCUGACGAGGCUGCCCUUCGACAACUGUUGGCAGUCAACAACGACGACGAAGAAGGGCAAUUGGGCACUAGGGAUGUCGACGCAGUAGACGAAGAUGGGCGUACUGCGCUCCUCUUCGUGUCAGGUCUCGGCUCCGAAGCCUGCGUACGGCUUCUAGCUGCGGCUGGCGCUAGCAUUGACCACAAGGACAACAGUGGUGGUCUGACUGCCCUCCACAUGGCCGCUGGUUACGUCAAGCCGGGCGUAGUCCGGCUGUUGAUAGAGCUCGGGGCGGACACCGAGGUGGAGGACGAUAGGGGACGUACGCCGUUGGAUCUUGCGAGGGAGAUCCUGGGGGUGACGCCGAGGGGGAACCCGGUGCAGUUCGCUAGGAGGUUAGGGCUUGAAAAUGUGAUAAGGGCGUUGGAGGAGUCGAUCUACGAGUACGCAGAGGUGGAGGAGAUACUGGAGAAGAGAGGGAAGGGCGAUAAGGUGGAGUAUUUGAUCAAGUGGAAGGACGGUGGAGACAAUGAGUGGGUCAAAGCUGGGUUGGUCGCGGAGGAUCUGAUCAAGGACUUCGAGGCAGGGCUAGAAUACGCCGUGGCGGAAGCAGUGGUGGAUAAGAGGGACGGGGAGGAGGGUAAGAAAGAGUAUCUGGUGAAGUGGGCGGACAUCGAGGAGGCUACAUGGGAGCCGGAGGAGAACGUUGAUCCUGAGUUAAUCAAGGAAUUUGAGAUGAGAGGAGCUGGCAAUGUGGGACCCAACACUUUAACGUUUCAGGAUUCGAUCGGCUCGUGAUGUUUUUGUGGUUUUGACUCUCUACUCUCCCCCCAUAUAAUGUUCGUUUUGGCUUCAAAUCUUCUAUCUUCAAUCUACGUGGGCUGUAUGUAACUGUAUUUUAAAGCCUAAGUUCUAAAAGUCCAUUUGCUUGAGCAAUUUUCGUUUCUUCCAAGAUACGAUCUCAAAAAAUGGUUGGUUGAUGGAAAUCUAUUUGGGCUCUUAUUGUUGGAUUUUAA